UUUCUAUUAGAUGCAGACUAUGUACAAAGACUUAAAGCCAAGAAAAUUAGGUUAAAUUAUUUAUGAUUAAAUCAUAAUCAGAAUGGCUGGAUAAGAAGCGAUACCAAAAACAGUAUUAUAGAUCAUUUAAAUAGGUUAUAACAGAAAGCUGUGAUCAUCCUAAAUAAGACAUUAAAUUAACUUUCUAAGCAGCAAUAGAAUAAAUAAAAACUUAAGGGUUUGUUUAAUGUGAAUGUGGAUAAAAGGCAUUAUCAAUUGAUUAACUUCGAAGAGAUAUAAAAGGGGAAGCACUAGAACUUUUUCAUCCUUUGACUAAUACUAUUUAAUUUGUGCAAGGCAUAAUGACACAUAAAUAUACCAGAAAAAAAAAAUUUACUGAUAUAUUUCUCAUAAUUGAUGAUCCAUAAUAUAGAAAUUUAAUAAGAGAAAUUUAUGAUAAAUAUCAUCCUUAAAACUCAAUAUCAAAUUUAAUUAAGAAAUAAAACUCUCAGGAUUCAUUAUAUACUUUUUGGGCUUAUUGCUUAUUAGACAAAGUUAAAAUAACUCUUCCUAUAAGAUUAUUAAAAUGCGAACAUCCAUCAUGUUACGAAUUAACAAGUCUAUUAUCAUACUGGCAAUAGUAAUUAGUAAAUAAAGAUUCAAGCAAUGAAUAACAAAUAGUAAAGGAUUAAAAUGAUAAUUCUAUCAUAUUUCAUUGUACUUUUCCUGGUUGUUCAACUAAAAUUGACAUCUAAAGUUUAGAAAUUCUGUUGUCUUAAAUAGUAAUUGAUUAAGAAUUAUUAAAUUUAUUAAACUCUGCUCCCUCAAUUUAAUUUAAAUUCACAUAUGAUCUUAAAAAUAAUUGUUUUAAAAAAGAUUUUUUAGAGAAAGAUCCAUACAUUUUGGAUGUAUACCCAGCUAUUGAAGAAAUUACUUAUAAUUAAAUAAUGAAUUAGAUUUAAUCGAUUAUGCAAUCAGAUAUUAGUUAAGAUAUUUAAGAUAGAUUAAAUCAAGAGAAAUUUAAAAAAAGAAUAAUUGAUUUAGUUGAUCCUAUCAAUGGAAAAUAAGUUGAAUUUCCAGUUAGAUGCACAAAAUGCCCCGAUAUUAAUAAAUGUGCAGACAUUAGAACAUAUGUAGCAUAUUUUAUUAAAACAAAAAUUAAAAAGGAAAAAGGUGUUACACUCUUCUAAUGCCCAAUUUGCAAAAUUGAUUAAACUAGUAAAACAGGUUUACUAAAUUUAUUAAUUUACUUUGAUGAAAAUAUUAUCUCUAGGAUGUUUAAAGAGUCAAACACUACUAAUCUUAAACGAUUUGAUUAUAAUGGAUAAUUAUAUAUGCUAGAGGAGUUUUAAUACAAAUAAAAAUUUAGCAAAGAGAAUUAUACAAAAAUUUUGAAAUAAAAAAAAGAUCAAGAUGGCAAAUAUAUAAAAGAAGUUGAGUUUGCUAAAUUAAAGUGUACUGUAAAUCCUAAUAAAACAUUAUAAAAUCCGUUAAUCAUUAAAAAUUGUAAAAAUCAUUCUUAUGUUGAUUUUGAUUCCUUUUAUGAAAAAAUGCGUGAAUGUAAUUUUAUAAUUCCUGAAAAAGGGCUUUAAUUAUGCCAUUGCAGUUAUUGUUCUGACCAUCCAGUUUUAAAAUAUACUACUAGUAUUUUUUAUCAUGAAGCUCUUGGAGAAGCUUUAGGAUAAAUAAAAAAUGAAAAUUUUACUCCUUCUAAAUUUAAGUAUAAUUUUGAGGAAGGAAAAUUUAUUCUUAUGUUUGGAAAAUAAUAAUAAUAUACUAGUAUUGAUUACAAUAUAAUUAAUGAAGGAAAGUUUAAUUUUGGUUUUAUAGAUUUAUUAUCAGAUGAAGAGUAUUAAUCAGUAUUUCGUCCAAAAACUGUUGGUGGGAAGAAGUUUCAAAUAAUUUCUAUGUAAUAAAAUUUGGUUGAUGGAUUAGAUGUUAUUCAUAAUGCUGAUGGAAUUUAAAUGAAUAUGGAAGAAAAAAUUACCUCAUUUAAUUAAAAGGUUAAUUAAGAUAUGAAGAAAUUUCAUUUUUAAUUAAAAGGAAUGAAAGUUGAAAUGUAAGAUGACAUUAUUUUAAUUAAUAAAGGAGGUAUUGAUUCAAAAGAAUAUAAUGUAUCAAGUUAUUAGUUUUGAUUUGGCCAGAAGGAAA